AUGGUUGUAAAAAUUCGAUUACAGCGUUUUGGAGUAAAAAAACAUCCUUUUUAUCAUAUUGUAGUAUCAAAUGCAAGAACAGCAAGACAGUCUAAACCAAUAGAAAAAUUAGGGACAUAUGAUCCUAUACCUCAAGAUGGUGUAAAAAAUAUUGAAAUUAAUUUUCUAAGAACAAAAUAUUGGAUUGGUGUAGGUGCCCAACCUACGGAUGUUGUUUAUAAGUUACUUGAAAAGAUAUCAUUACUGCCUCCAAAACCUCAUUUAAGUAAAAAAACGGAAAAAGAGAAAUGA